AAAUUUGCAAAACCAUUGCAAAAACACACCAUGUUUGGGACAGCAAACGAUUUACCCACGCCCGCUAGUCAUUCAAAAAAAUUUAAAAAAAAAAAAAAAAAAAAUUGCAAUACUUUCUGUUGCAAAAUGGCCUACGGUCAAACCCGUCUUACCACCGUUUCUUGGUAGCUGCCUCGCCUCACACUCUAUAUAAACCACCCUCUCACCCAAAUCAAAUUCACCCCAAACUUCAAUUCCCCAUAAGCUUCCAAACUCCUCUCUCUCUCUCUCUCUCUUUAUACAUACAAACAUAUAUCUAUAACAUUAAUGGCAGAAACAGGCAACCAUAAUAAUGCUGUUUUCGCCGGAAAGAAGCGACCGGUCUCCGAUGAUGGCGAGAUUUUUGUCAAAAAAUCAGUGUCAGCCGUAGUAGGGGCAUGGGUAGAUCCGGCGGCGGCGUUGGCCAGUGCUCGCCACGAGUUCGGCGAGCACGGCGGCGUCAACAUGUCAAUCGAGGCGUCCGCCACAUUCACCGUGAUGGAGCCGGAAACCAUGGGCAGGAUGUUUUCCGGAGAGCUAGGCGCCGAUCGCGAUUUCUUCAUCUACAGCCGUCACUUCAAUCCCACCGUCUUGAAUCUGGGCCGUCAGAUGGCCGCUCUCGAGGGCACAGAGGCCGCCUACUGUACCUCCAGUGGUAUGGCUGCCAUAUCAUCGGUCCUCCUUCAGCUUUGCAGCAGUGGUGGACACGUGGUCGCAUCAAGGACCCUCUACGGUGGGACCCACGCCCUGCUCACCCACUUCUUACCCCGUGCUUGCAACAUAACGACGACGUUUGUGGACUUGGGGGAUCUGGAGAUGGUGAAGAAGGCGAUCGUGGAAGGGAAGACCAACUUGUUGUACUUCGAGGCCGUUUCGAACCCGACGCUGGCGGUUGCUAACGUGCCGGAACUGUGCAGGAUAGCGCACGAUAAGGGGGUGAAGGUGGUGGUGGACAACACCUUCACGCCGAUGGUGCUCUCUCCGGCUCGUCUGGGGGCCGACGUGGUGGUCCACAGUAUCUCCAAGUAUAUUAGCGGUGGGGCCGAUGUUAUUGCAGGAGCUGUGUGUGGGCCAGCAAGUCUGGUGAACUCGAUGAUGGACCUCCAUCAAGGGAGCCUUAUGCUACUGGGCCCAACCAUGAAUCCCAAAGUAGCCUUUGAACUGUCUGAGAGAAUUCCCCACUUGGCCUUGAGAAUGAAGGAGCAUUGCCACCGUGCUAUGGUUUACGCCACCAGGAUGAAGAAACUGGGUCUGAAAGUCAUUUAUCCGGGGCUGGAAGAUCACCCGGAUCACGCUGUCUUGAAGUCCAUUGCCAACAAAGACUACGGGUAUGGUGGAAUUCUGUGCCUGGACAUGGAAACCGAAGAGAGGGCUAACAAAUUGAUGAACCAAUUGCAAAACCAUACCCAAUUCGGAUUGAUGGCUGUUAGCCUGGGGUAUUACGAGACGCUCAUGUCGUGCUCCGGUAGCAGCACUAGCAGUGAAAUGAACGAGGAGGAGAAGGCGUUGGCCGGAAUAUCACCGGGACUGAUUAGGAUGUCUGUUGGAUAUAGUGGGACUCUGGAGCAGAGGUGGAGCCAGUUUGAGAAGGCACUUUCCAGAAUGCAGGAUUCAACUUUCUUCCAAAAGAAUUGAAGCUACCUAGCUAAGCUUAAUUGUGUGUCUGUCUGUCUGUCUCAUGCGUCCAGUCUCUUUUAAUUUCAAUUAAUGUAUGCAUAAUCCAAUAAGUUGCUAUAUUAUUAGCUCUGAUGAUGGGUUGAGUUUUUAUGCAUGUAAAAAUUUCUACCUUUUUCUUGUUCAUUUUGGAUCCAUCGGUCCCACCUUUGCUUCAUGUUAAUAAUAUAAUCACCAUGUUAAUUA